AUUGACUUUUUGCUGACGUAUACACAUCAAGUCAGGCAUGCAAUACUUGUGUCGUCUUUUUUAUAUGAUUUAAAGAUAGAAUCAGAGGAGUUCCAAAUGGUGUAAUUAAAUUUUUAGUUUCGGUUUUAAAAAGAAUAUUGAAACAUUACUUUAAUAACGAUGGACCGCUCAAAAAUAAAGAUUGAACGAGAUGUGUGGGAACAUUCUUUCGUAGAGCAAUUUUACAAUCGAGAACAUCCUAUCAUUAAACAUAAAGAUGUACAUAAAAAUAUGAAAGAUGAUCCCAACUACGAUGAGAAGAUUGAGCUGAUAAAGAAAUGUCAGGAACUUGUUGGAACUACCACUUCUACAUGUAAAAAGCCACCAUUGAACAUAGCUAUCAUUGGCACACCAGGCGGAGGGAAAUCGUCGUUAUUAAACACCAUAUUUGCAAGUUUUAGUACAGAUUGUUGGAAAGAGAUAGUUUCAUUUGGAACUCAUGGCAAAGCUGAUAAACAGUUCACAAAAAGGUUCUCAAGCUACACGAAAGAUAGUUACAACCAAUCUGUCGGAGAUCAUCGUUUGCCAACCUUUUUGGACAUGCUUGGAUUUGAGGACGAUGAAUCCAAAGAAACGUUAGCCAUUCUCGAGAUGGUAUUUACUGGUAGAAUAAAGGAACUUGAGGAAAUGAUAGAAGUAAAAAAUUACGCUAUCAAACAUGGCGUUCAUGCGUUGCUGACCAAAUACAAUACGAGAGUAUGCCAUCGUCCGGUUGAUCGGAUAAUUGUAGUAUGUACGUCAAAUUGUGACGAAAAUUUACCAACGAACUUUUUAAAAGCUGUUUGGGAAACUGCAAAAAAACACCGAGAUAUACCGGUUUAUGGAGUAUUGACAUGCAGGGACAGUCACCCUCCAAACAAAGUAGAAAACAAAAUUAAAGAAUUUCGGCAUCUCCUGGCAUUACCACAAUGUCGGUUUGCACAUAUUACAAAUUACUGUGAUGCCAUUCAAGUUGAUAGCGGAGGGGUACAUCGAGAUACAAUAAUUCCAUCGCUGGAUGUACCAGUAUUACAGUUCAUGAAACAGGUUUUGAAUCCACGUCAAGAAGAUCCAACACCGGAAGAAGUCAGUAAAAUGGACAUAUUGUCACUUUUCGCAUUCAUAUUCGCUGUAAUGGCAUUUGUAUAUGUACUUUUAACUUCCAAUAACUAACUUUGAUUGUGUUUAAAAUUCAUAGCCAUGAAACCAAUAUUAGACUUUGAGCGCGUCUUAAUGGAUAUAAAUUAUGUAAUAUAUAACUAUUGAUUUGUGUGUGUGUAUUUAUAUUACAUUGUUGUUGAUAAGGAAUUUAAAUUGAUAAAAGGUUAUUUUAAACAGAUUGACAAAGAUGCUCAGAUGAUAGUUUGUGUGUAUAAAUUCGCGUCAAUUUACUACUAAAAGUCCACCAUUUUCAUUGCAUUCUCCACAUCCAUGCAUGCCCAUUAUUCUUUCCUUACAUGAGAUGCCAACCCCAAUCUUUGCGUCUAGAUCAUCAAUUACAAGACAUAAAUCAUGUGCUUGUACUUUACUGACAAGCGAUGAAAAUUACAAAUUCUCGUCAAUCAAAAAAUAAAUAAAAUACUUUUGAUUGCGUUAAAACGAUCAUGUUAUCAAUUGGUAAAAAAAAGACUCUGCCUCCCUCAUCGAUAAAAACCGGUCGCCACGUUUUAGCUACCACGAUCAUUAAACGUGAUGUUAAAUUUAACCAAAUCAAUAAAAAAAAAUACAAACCUAUAACUUUGUAUAAGUAAAUGUUUCUUUUUUUUCUAUUUUAUAAUAAUUGCGAGUUGAGCUCAAAUUAAUUUAGAAAAUCAACCGUUACAACAAUUUACAUUCACUCUUUAAGCUCUUUAAGCUUGUAUUUGUAAAGUUUAAUUUUUCUAUACACUUUGUUUGUUAUCGGCAAUAUGAACUAAGUUUGUUCUUGGGAGGUAAUAUAUGUACGCAGGAUUGGAAGUUACAUUACAAGCGAACGGUUGCUGGCCAAUACAGUACAUGUGCCCGUAUGCAUAGCACUAAUUGCGAUAAGGUAUAUGAUCGUUAUACUAAAUAAUAUUGUGUGAAAUGUAGAAAAGUAUGUCGGUUCGGAAAAAAUCUUAGCUUAGUAAUAUAUUUAAGUAUCACGAAGCUUUCUCCAUACGGGCCCAGAUCUAACUUAAAGUUUGAAAUUUAAAAAAAACCCAAGUCAGUUAACUUGCAUGUACUGAUACAUCGAUGCUGCGUUUUCUCGUAGCAUCGCCUGCUAUUAUGCAAGAAUACCAAGCCAGAAAAACAAAAAAUCAUUAGGAAGCAACAAUCUGACUUCAAGAUGGGGUAAUCAUAAUAAUGCUAAAUUUUUUUAAACGCUAACAUUUUUUUUUAAUUAUUCCUCACUACAUGUACCAUUCAAAUGAUUUUUUUUUAAAUUUAACACAAGGUCUAGGGAUAAUGUGGUUUCAGAAUUCUGAUGUUGUUAUCUGUUUGAUCACAUUUGUUUUAUCACAUUAAGGAUCUGCAUUUAUUUCUUAUAUUGUAUUGUAAAAAUACUUUUUUCAAAAAUUGUUAUGUAUUUAAUCAUAAUUGUGUUUGUCAGUGGCUGUGACCGACAAAAAAGUGAUUUUACGCAAAGACAGUAUGUAAGGGACCUCUGAGUGGGGAUAUACAUAAUUUCAUGUUUCCAUUCAAUUCAUUAGAACUCAAAGGAAUGUUUUUUUUCAAAUAUGAUUUACUAUGUGUAUAAUCAAAUCAAAUGGUAGUUUUUUUUGAAAAAAUAAAUAUAUAAAUAGUAAAUUAAUCAAUUAAUUCAGAAAUAAUCAUAUUAUGUACUUUUUUAAAACCUUUUUCUGAUUUACAUUACAUUAUGUUUGGCAA